AGUGAGUCCGGGUGGCGGUAGCGCGUCACGAAUCACGUGGUCAAAACCAUGCCUAAAGCAGAAACAAGAAAAAGGAAAGGAACUUUGACAACUUUCUGCUGUUUGUCUGUUGUCUAGAAAGAGAAAACGAUGAACGGAUUUCGGUUAGAUCUCAGCCCUCUGAAAGAGCCCCUGGGGUUUAUACGUGUCCUGGAAUGGAUCUUUGCUAUUUUUGCUUUUGCAACAAGGGGAUAUUCUGGCUCUAGCAGCUUCAACAUCAAGUGCAAGUACAGUGCCAGCGCAGAAAUAAAUGUAUCCUUCAGCUAUCCGUUCAGGCUCAAUAACCAGAAAUACAGCGUCCCAGACUGCGACGUCAACGGUACAGUGACCAAAAUCAAGCAACUGACCGGAGACUAUUCAUCUUCCGCCGAGUUCUUUGUAGCUGUUGGGGUCCUGGCUUUCCUGUACAGCACAGCUACUCUUGUGUUGUAUCUGGGUUACCAGCACAUCUACCGUGAAUCUCCUCGUGGCCCCAACGUUGAUCUACUCUUAACUGGGAUCUUCACUUUUCUCUGGCUGGUGUGUUCAUCUGCAUGGGCAAAAGGCCUCGAUGAUGUGAAAUUUUCAACGAGUCCAAACACACUUGUGGCCCUAAAUGACAUGUGUAAGAACAGCGACAACAAUUGCACUGCUGGGCACGUCCCCUUAAUGGGCCGCCUCAAUUCCUCUGUGAUCUUCGGAUUCCUCAACCUUAUCCUGUGGGGAGGAAAUUGCUGGUUUCUUUACAAGGAGACGCCGCUGCACAAGUCAGCCAAUCAGCAAGCAGGAGCAGGACAGUCAUAAUUAAACAGCAGGUCACAUCCACAUUCAUCAAGCAGGUGUUGUUUCGGGAUUAAAGCGGUGCUACAUAGCACCUGGUCAACUAAUGUUACGAAUGUACCUGACUUGACCUAUGUUACAAAUCCACCAAAAGUCGUCCAUAGAUUAUCUCUGCUAUGUUAAUUUAUGGUCCAAUUUAGAUGUGCAUUUUACACACUACAGCAAAGCUGUAUACUAGAAAAGGUACAAGAGUACAUUAGUACAUAAAGUGUUUUUAUAAAGUUGCAUAAUUAAAAAUGUACAUUUAAUCUCUUUACGGUUGUUUGAACUUGUUACAUGAACAAAAUGUACUGAAUGUUUUUGACUCUUGUUCACUGAAGUAUUAUUUUUGCUGUUCUGAUUAGUAGGUUUUGGCUUUAUAAAAUAUCACCUCAGAGCUAACUUUUCCACUCUGCUUCUUGUGGUUGAAAUGGCUUCAUAUGAACUGUGUGCCUUAUAACUUAGUUGGUUUAUAUCGAAGAAAUGUUUACAUUAUAUCAGGCACGACUUGAUGAAAAAAAAAUGCUGUCUUUGUUUACCAAUAUUAGAGGUCUUAAAUAAAUCAUCCUGUUUUGUUUUAUUGUG